AUGGAGGUCCAUCCCUCGGGAGCCAUAAGUUGCUCAGACGGUGGCGUAGACAUUGGUAUCGUGAGUACAGGUCGGCCGUGCCACAGAGAUAGUCUGCACCUACAGCACCUGCACCGACAGCACCUGCACCUACAGCACCUGCAGUGGCAAGGACUGAAGGUGACGAGCGUCAUACGUCUGUUUCAGGGCGAGGUGUCUGGGCGUGUCCAGGCUUCCUCCACAAGGGUUCCAAUCCUCUGCGAUGACUGCCUCGGCCUAAACGACUCUUGGGACAACGUGACAGGUGUCUACCGUCAACUACCUCCCAAUCUGCGGUUCAACUCUGACUCCCUGAUAGUCGUGAUAGUCUACUCCAUCUUGUUCGUGGUGGCAGCCGUCGGUAACUUAUCCGUGUUCAUCUCCCUGGUCCGCAGCCGCCACAGGAAGUCCCGCAUGAGUAUGGUGAUGACGCACCUCACCAUCGCCGACCUCAUCGUCACUUUCCUCGUGAUCCCCUUGGAGAUCGGCUGGAGGAUCACGGUGCAGUGGAUCGCCGGUAACGCCGCCUGCAAGAUCUUCCUCUUCUUCCGAGCGUUCGGCUUGUACCUCUCGUCCAACGUCUUGGUCUGUGUUUCCCUCGACCGUUACUUUGCCGUGCUGCAUCCUCUCAAAGUAUCUGAUGCUCGGAGGAGAGGGAAGGUGAUGUUGGCGGUCGCUUGGGCCAUCUCCUUUAUGUGCUCUGUGCCACAGAGCAUAGUUUUCCACGUAUCACCACAUCCCGACAACCCAGAUUUCCUCCAGUGCGUCUCCUUCAACUACUUCACCUCCAAUAUGAAUGAGAAAGCGUACAUUCUGUUCGGUGUACUUGCCAUGUACUUCAUCCCUCUCAUUAUUAUAAUCUGCGCUUACUCUUGUAUUCUCUACGAGAUUCUCAACAAAACGAAAGAGAACAGAGAUGCCAUGCAGCGGCCUGACGAGAGUGAGAGCUCGAGGAGGCGAGGCAGGAUGCGGCUGAGGCGCAGCGACAUGUCCAACAUCGAGAGAGCUCGGACAAGAACCAUCAAGAUGUCCGUCACCAUCGUAGCCGUGUUCGUGUGGUGCUGGACUCCCUACGUGUUCAUGAACAUGUGGUACAUAUUCGACCGAGACUCCGCAGAGAGGCUAGACUCUCGCCUGCAGGAUGGCCUGUUUAUAAUGGCGGUCUCCAAUUCUUGCAUGAACCCUCUCGUGUACGGGUCCUACGCGAUAGAUUGCCGCCGACCGUGCUGCCAGUGCUCCUGCUUGCUGCUCAGUUCUCAGCAUCGCAGGCAGACUACCGGUGAGUAA